UCCGCGCUCGGCCUAGCGCAGUCAGUGAACGAUCGUGCUGGGCUCCAUUACUGUGCUCUCGAGGGCUCCGCGUCUCCAAACUCAAGCUCCAUCCGCUGACCGUCGUAAUUACAUAGCCGGAUUGCUUAACGUUAAGCAUACCAACAAUUGGCUAGUGAAAUCAAACCAAACAACGGCAGUACAGUUGUUUGUACAAAAAAUCUACGCUUUUUUUUCUUUCUUGUGUCUCUCUGUGUGUGUGUGUGUGCUCUCUCCCUCAUCGUUUGACACGGCUAACGGGAUCGCGAGACAAGAUGACAACGCAAAAGAAAGACCACACCGCCCUGGAUCUCAUCAUCAAGUCGCUCAAGUCCCCGACCAUGGUCUGCGAGGGCACCCACUUCGAUGGCAAGAUACCGCACACGUUCGUGAUCUUUGGGGCAUCCGGUGAUUUGGCCAAGAAGAAGAUCUACCCAACCCUUUGGUGGCUCUACCGCGAUGACCUGCUCCCAAAACCGACCAAAUUUUGCGGGUAUGCACGCUCCAAGCUGUCAAUUGCCAGCCUCAAGGCAUCCUGCCUGCAGUACAUGAAGGUGCAGCCCCACGAGCAGGCCAAGUACGAGGAGUUCUGGGCCCUCAAUGAGUAUGUGGCCGGCAGCUACGAUGGGCGAACUGGGUUUGAGCUGCUCAACCAGCAGCUGGAGCUGAUGGAAAACAAGAACAAGGCUAAUCGCAUCUUCUACCUGGCCUUGCCGCCGAGCGUCUUCGAGGAGGUGACGGUUAACAUCAAGCAGAUCUGCAUGUCCGUUUGCGGCUGGAACCGCGUGAUUAUCGAGAAACCAUUUGGACGCGAUGACGCCUCAUCGCAGGCGCUGAGCGAUCACCUGGCUGGAUUGUUCCACGAGGAGCAACUGUACCGCAUCGAUCAUUACCUGGGCAAGGAGAUGGUCCAGAAUCUGAUGACCAUUCGCUUCGGCAACAAGAUCCUCAGCUCGACGUGGAAUCGAGAGAAUAUUGCCUCGGUGCAGAUCACAUUCAAGGAGCCCUUCGGCACCCAGGGUCGCGGUGGCUACUUCGACGAGUUCGGCAUCAUUCGCGACGUGAUGCAGAACCAUCUGCUGCAGAUCCUGUCGCUGGUGGCAAUGGAGAAGCCGGUCAGCUGUCAUCCGGACGACAUACGUGACGAGAAGGUCAAGGUGCUGAAGAGCAUCGAGGCCCUUACCGUAGACGACAUGGUGUUGGGCCAGUAUGUUGGCAAUCCAGCGGGCACCACUGAGGAUGCACGUACCGGUUACCUGGAAGACCCCACUGUUGACAAGAACUCCACUACGCCCACCUACGCCCUCGGCGUGCUGAAGAUCAACAAUGAGCGCUGGCAGGGCGUACCCUUCAUCCUGCGCUGCGGCAAGGCAUUGAACGAACGCAAGGCGGAGGUCCGCAUCCAGUACCAAGAUGUGCCCGGCGACAUUUUCGAGGGCAGCACGAAGCGCAACGAGCUGGUGAUCCGUGUGCAGCCGGGUGAGGCGCUGUACUUCAAAAUGAUGACCAAGCCCGGCAUCACGUUCGACAUUGAGGAAACGGAGCUGGAUCUCACGUAUGAGCACCGCUACAAGGAUUCCUACCUGCCGGAUGCCUACGAGCGACUCAUUCUCGAUGUCUUUUGCGGCUCCCAGAUGCACUUUGUCCGCUCCGACGAGCUGCGCGAGGCGUGGCGCAUUUUCACACCCAUCCUGCACAAGAUCGAGCGCGAGCGCGUCAAGCCCAUCACCUACCAGUACGGCUCGGGGCCCAAGCAGGCCGAUCGCAAGUGCGAGGAGAACAACUUUAAGUACUCCGGCUCGUACAAGUGGCACGGCGGCAAGCCGUCCACGUCCAAUCUCUAAGAUUGGGAUCGGGAUUGUGAUUGGGUUAAUCACAGGACACUUACUCUCUGUGCUUACAUAUC